AAUAUACAAGCAUUUAAAUUUAUCCGCAACCAUUGCUUCAAAAAUUUAUUGGCCAUACUAAAUUUUAUCACUUUUGGAUUUAGUCUUUUUUCAUUUCUUAUAAAUACCUCCAUUGUGGUACUGUUCAUUCACAACUCAAAAUUGCAAUCAUUCUUAUUAUUAAAAUAAUAUUUGCAAUCUUUUUUAGUCCUUCAAAGAGACUAUGGCUCGUUCCAUUUACUUCAUGGCAUUUCUUGUCUUGGCAAUCACACUCUUUGUUGCCAAUGGGGUGCAAGGUUCUAACAUUUGCAAAACAACAAGCAAAUAUUACAGAGGAAAAUGUACUACUGACUCUUCAUGUAGAAAAGUUUGUAUCGAGAAGGAUAAAUUUGAAGAUGGUCAAUGUACCAUAAUCCAAAGGAACUGCCUAUGCAAUAAGCAAUGUGUAUGCCACAAUAUUCCUAAAGAUGCUCGAACUAUUUUGGUUCAGGAUACUAAAACUCUCGAAGCAGAAUUGCUUGAAGAAGAGAUUUUCAAGGCGUAAUUAAGUCUUAUUAUGGAUUUAAUGUAACACAAAAUUAAACAAGGUGUUUCCUUUAUUAAAAAGGUAACUUAUAAUGUUGUGGUCUUGGCAUAUAGUAGCCAUUUUCCACAUUAAAUAAGUUGUGACACAUCAGUCCUUUAUAUAUCUUGUAUUAAGUUUGUGUGUAUUUUAAUAAAAAGAGAUCGUUUACGGUCUUUAAGUAUGAAA